UUUGGCUAAAAUAAUGUCGGAAAGCCACCCAGCAGAAGCUGUAGUGGCCAAUAUUAGUAAAACUAGUAAGGAAGAAACGGAAGACCCUCCAGUUCGAGAUAAUUUGCUGUAUAAAGUAAAUGGUAAGGAGGGGAACAAGCAGGAGAACGAGAAAGAGACUAGGAAGGGUCGAGGACCAGGUCGACCGAGGAAACCCCGACCGGAAAUUUUGUCAUUGGAAGAAUACGACCGAGAGGUGGGAGGGAUCGAAAAUUCUGGCGAUGAUGGAGAUUAUGACCCGGAGGAGGAUAGCGACGCCAACGAGAAGCAGGAGAAAGUUUCAGCUCGCAAAAAGGGUCGGCCUCGGAUGAAGUCCGUUGAGCCCCCGGUGGAAAAGAAGAAACGAGGUCGACCCAAAGACGAAACUAGAUCUAACGUCACCUGUGAUCUUUGUGGCAAAUUUUUCAAGUAUCGUGUACUCCUGAAGCGCCACGAGCAAACCCAUUACGGGAUUAAAGAAUUUGAAUGCGAGUACUGCCACAAGCGUUUUCUGCAAAAAGGCGGCCUAACGGUGCACCUUCGGCAACACACUGGCGAAAGGCCCUACAAGUGUCCAUACUGUCCGGCAAGUUUCCGGGGUCAAUCCUCGUUGGAUUGUCACGUGUUUCGGCACACCAAGCAAGGAACGAAGUGUCCCCAGUGUCCGUCGGUGUUUGCAACACCGGCGAUCGUCAAGCAGCAUAUCCGGGAAGUUCACACUACGGAGAAGCCACACGUGUGUCAAAUCUGUGGCGAAAGUUACAAACAUCGAAAAAGUUUAACAACUCAUCUGGAGGACCAUGACAAGCGUAUUUGCUCGGUUUGCGGAAAGGUAUUCAACACGAUGUUUGCCUUGAUGACCCACCGGCAUAUUCAUGAGGUGAAUCCAAAGUGCAACUAUUGCAAUCGGUCGUUUAAAUCGGAGGAAGAAUUGCAGGCCCACAGCAAACUCCGAGGGCGGGUGUAUCAGUGUGAAAUGUGCUGUUACAGUUUUAAUAAGGCUGAAUUUUUGAACAAUCAUAAUCGAAGAGAUCACUGGAAAGAAAUGGGACUGGAACGGUUACCUAGAAAGAUUGUACCGCGGCCUAAGAAACCCAAACCUGAAGGUCCGAAGGUGAGGAAAUCAAAAGCAAAACUUCCUAUUAUGCAGAUCGGCGAGCAAUCGGUUACCGAUUAUUCUGGAUCGUUGGCAUGGGGGAAUCAAAGCAUAUCCUCAGCAGAGUGUCCCACGUUGCCAGUACCACUACCUCCAGAUGCGACUCAGCAUCAAAUGCUGCCGCUGGUUGAUCAACAUGUUCAGUCAGAAUUCACACCAAAACUUGAACUGCCAGCAACAACUGCGAAGGAAAACAUUGCAGUUGUUUCGCCGAAAACGGAACCGAAGGUUUCAACUGAACAAGAAGCAGAACUGCAAACUCAACCGGAUUCAGACCAAGACUUCAGCACUCAUCUCGGCGAAGUGGAUGAUUACCAUUCCGAUCCGGAGGAAGACAGAACUGUCGAGAAAAAGAACGUCGAAGAAGCGGAAGAUAGUGCAACGAAGGUGGAGGUCAAGGUCGAACCGGAAGUUCAUUGUUAUAUAGCUGCUGUACCUACCCUGGAAGCUGGGGUUUUCGUCAAAGUUGAGAUUACCGAAACGGACAGACCGGCGGAAGGGGAGGAUGCACCUUUGCCGAAGGAAGACCCAAUUGAGAAUAAACCGGAGGAAUUGGAAGAGAAAAAGGAGGAUUUGUCCGAUAGUGAAGAUGACGAGGUUCCAUUGGCGAGCUUACGUUCAACUCCAGGACAAAAAGGAAAGCUAGAGAAAAUAGUCUCAACCAAGAAGAAAGAGAAAAUUGAUCACGAUCGUAAGAAGAAACCACAAGCAAAGGCCGUCGAAGAUUCUUCCGACGAUGAUGGCAGGUUGUACUCAAUCGGUGGUUCGUCUGACGGUGACCUAUCGGAUUCUUCUGAUUCAUCCCGAUCGAUGACGAGCGAGGAUAAUGACGAUGAUGAUGUUCAAGCCGAGCAGCCCAAGCCGAAACGUAAACGAAGACGGAAACAAGAUGGCGAAGGACCUCGGAAAGGGCCUUACCAAAAGCGUGACAUGCACUGCCUUAUUUGCGAUGAUGUAUUCAAGGGUCGUGCCGCACUCAAGGAACACAAGGAAUCCGCUCAUCCGGAUGUCAAAACCAAUGCUGGACCCUUGAUCUGCGAGCUGUGUGGAAAGUCUUACGCCACCGUAACGUCCUUAGCCGUCCACCGAGGUCAGCAUGAGGAAUAUCAACGGUUCAAGUGCGACGAGUGCCCAAAAGCGUUCACAUUCCAAUGCUACCUCGAGAAUCACAUACGAAUAGAACAUCGUCGGGAACGGCUCAUUUGUCCGCUCUGUGGCAAACAGUUCAAGUACGGUCCGGAUCUGAAACGGCACUCUCUACAGCACGAGGAAGAAAAGCCCUUCAAGUGUGAAGAAUGUCCCGCAGCGUUCCGGCAUCCCAGUGCCCUGCACAGUCACAAAGCUAUCCACGAAAAGACUGUGUUCACUUGUACCGUUUGCAAUAAGAACUUCCGGUACGCCAAUAGCUUGCGGGUACACAAGCGUCUCCACAGUGGAGUCAAGCGUUUCCGGUGUGAGAUCUGUGAUCGAGAGUUUAGCCAGAAGGCACCGCUGAUGAAGCACAUGGCAAUCCACUCGGUAGAUCGACAGGUAAAGUGUGUCGUUUGCGAUAAGGUUUACUACAAGAAGGUCGAACUGAUCAUCCAUCAGGCGAAGGAGCACCCAAAUCAUCCGCUAAUUGGAAAGACGAUCAAGGUUCAUACCUGCAACGUGUGUGGGAUGGAGUUUACGAAGGAGGGUCACCUCAGGAUACACUCCGAUAUCCAUGGGAACGAGUAUAGGUUCAAGUGUGAUAUGUGCGACGAUCAGAAGUUUAAACAGAAAGCUGGACUGCGACACCAUUGGAAGCACUUUCACCAGAUGGAACCACCCAAGAGGAAUCUGGGGAAGAAACCGGAAGAGAGGAAAGCCGAAAAGGCGGUCGUUCGUACGGUGACAAGUGUCACCGUAAGGCCACCAGCUGGGGAGUUUCAUAACGAGUUCGAGUUCAUGAUGCAGCGGAUGGAGUGCGAGUCAAAUCAUCAGAGUUUUUUCUCGGAAAUGAGUGAUUCCGACGAGGAUUCGGUGAACGAGUCUAACUUCGAAGAGGACGGACAAGAUUCGCCGAAAUCUUCCACCAAAAGCAGUUCAGCAAAGGAUGCAAUUGAAAUUGGUGUGGAUAAGGAUGGGACCAAAUCCUUCAUGUGUCCCAAUUGUCCCAAACAGUUUCGAACGAAGGUACAGUGCCAGCUGCACAUCAGUGCCAACCACCACCGGGGACAACCGUUCGGUUGUAAGGACUGCGAUGCCAAUUUUCAACAGUAUUCCAAAUAUCGCCAGCACAGAAAGAAGGAGCACUGCGCAACCCGUAAGCACCAAUGUACGCUGUGUGAAGCACGGUUUGCACGAGUCUACCUGCUUCGGACGCAUUGGAAUGGGAAGCAUCGUCGAGAGCAUGGUCCGUUCAAAGCUAGUCCUAUUCCCAAAGACGAACAGUACCAGUGUAAGCAGUGCGAUCAGCUACUGACGAAUAAGUACACCCUGGCAGCCCAUGAGAAGACUCAUGUGGUGGCGGAUGGCGGCGACUCGGAAUCCAGUGGUAAUCAGUGUAAAAUUUGCUCAGCAGUUUUCAAAUCAAUAGGCACGCUGAAGAAGCACUUGAACAAGCAUGCAGGAGUCGAUAAGAAGUCUCAUCCCUGCACGAUGUGCGACGCAAUGUUCACGAGUCGUGAAGGUCGACGGGUGCACAUGAUUUUGAAGCACAAUGCUGGGAAGACUUAUAAAUGUGAGCAGUGUCCCAUGGUAUUCGCCCGUAAGGGUAAUCUUCGAUUGCACAUGACUACUCACGGUGUACGGCUGCAUGUUUGCAGUGUUUGUGGUCAAUCCUUUGCUCGCAUAGAGAGUUUAAAGAACCACGAAGGAGCCUGUGCUAAAGGAAAGCGAGGUUUGUUCUGUGAAGUGUGUGGGCAGCGUUUCCGGAAGCAAGAACUGCUGGACAAACAUCUGGAGCAAGGCCAUCCGGAGAAGGAAUUCCAGUGCAACCAUUGUGGUCAGGGUUUCGAAACGAAACGAGCCUUGAGCCACCAUGUACGGGUGCAUGAGGGAUCGUUCCGCUGCGAACACUGUCCACGGCAGUUUGUAACGGAACAGGCGCUGCGUAAUCACGAAAAGAGUCGCCAUUGGGAUAUUUUGGGGAUUGAGCGAGUUAUCGGGAAGCAGGGUAGGCGGAAAGAUGCACCGCCGAAGCAACCGAAGGAGCGCGUGAGGAGGAAUAAAAACCGCCCAUUCUUGGGCUUGGAGCACUUGGCCGAGCUGGCUGAACAGAGCACUGAGAAUGCGGACGAUACGAAAGUUGACGAUGAUGAUGCUGGCGGAGAUAGCUGUAUACCAUCAUCGGAAGGCGAGAACUCUCUAGGGUUGGAAUUGCAAGCGGUAAAAAAUGAAUCCAUAGAGGUGAAAAACGACGACCAGCAGACAGUUGCAGACAUACAUUUCCAAGCCGUUGCGGAUGACCUAGUUGAUGCAAAGUUUUCGAAAGACGAAACUCUGGCAUCCGAAAUGUUAUUUGAAAAGACUGAUCUCGUUGAUAUAAAAUACAAUCCUGUUGCCGAAGAGGAUAUAAAAGAAAAUCAGCCCGAAUUGUCCGAUCGCGAGGUUCCUGAUCUUCGCGUAGAGAAUGAUACUGAUAACGAUCACGACUCGACAAACGAUUCAAAUAACAGUAAACAUCUCACCCCUGAUCAUCCAACUUCUAGUUCUUCCGACACGGAGCAAGUUCCAAGUAGUCCCAAGUCACGGGGAAACCGUUAUACCCGUCGGAAACGUGAGUCGGACCCAGCCAAGGGUUCGAUUAAAAGCCGAGUGCCGAAAAAGCUGAAAUGCAAUGACUGCGACAAAAGCUUCGUCCACUACAACUGGUGGAGCGCCCAUCGAGCGAAAGCACAUGGCGUUCAGGAGGAGGACAUACCGCCGAAAAGACAGCGGAUACACAUUUGCAACGAAUGUCCGAAGAGUUUCAGCGAUUGGCGUAAUUUGAUCUAUCAUAUGAAGCAUAUUCACAAGAAAGACUUCGAUGAAAGGCAGAUGAUACAUUGCUCCUCGUGCAAGAAGAAAUUGCUCUGCUCAAAGUAUUUGAAGGAUCACACGUGCAUCAAAGGAGUUUACUCGAACCGGGAGCCCAAAUUCAAAUGCGACCUGUGCGACAAGGCUUAUGUUACUCGUCAUGGCUUAGAGAGCCACCGGUCGGUACAUCCAGAGUACCACAGGGUCAACUGUGACGUAUGCUUCAAACCUUUCUCCAAUGACAAGGAUAUGCAGUACCACAAGAAGCGGGUGCACGUGGAUGCGAGCUUUGUGUGCGAAGUCUGCGGCAAGGCUUUUAAAGUUCAAAGUCAGUUGAAAACUCACAUUCUGAUCCACCAGGACUCGAAGGGAUACCAGUGCGAGUACUGUGGGCGAUCAUUUGCGCAACGGAACGGCAUGACUGCUCACCUGAGGAUAGCCCAUGCCGAACAGCUAGGCGAACAAGCAGUGGCUGAAAGAGAAAUCACCUGCACUAUCUGCGCGAAAAAGUUGAAGGGAAAAAUCUGCUACCGACUCCACAUGAAAACGCACACCAAUGAUAGGCAGUUUUCCUGCUCUUACUGUGAUAAGAGAUUUGUUGCGAAUCAGGACAAGCUUCGGCACGAGCAAACCCAUACGAAGGAGUACAAAUUCAAGUGUCGUUUCUGCGACAAAGGCUCGACCAGGAGAAAGUUGAUUCUUCUGCAUGAAGCAAAAGAACACAACGAAAUGAGUGGGCAAGUGAUUGGCCUGCAGCACAAGUGUUCAUUCUGUGCGAGGUGCUUCAGUUCUCCUUCGGCUGUCGCGAUCCACGAAUCGUUGCAUAGCGAUGAUCUGCCAGUGUCCUGUGAGCUGUGCGAUCGUAGAUUUAAGAAUGUGAAAUAUAUGAAAUACCAUCUGAAAGCUCACCAUAAGCCAUCGGAAGACAAGAAUGGGGACGGAACGCUUCAGGUGGUUGCCGAGGAAAAGUUUUCGGAGGUUGUUGAACAACAAGUGCAAAGUAUUACAAGUGUCGAUGAUGUUGAUAAUAAAAUGAUAAUUUAUACAAGUUUAACUGUGGAACUGCCGGUAAGUUGA